UGAGUGAGUGAGCGGAGAGAGAGAGAGAGUGAGUGAAAGAAAGGAAAGGAGAGAGGCUGGUCUCUCACUGAUUGAACUAACAAAACAGCAGCGCAGAUCGCGGGCACAAUCAAAUGCACGCAGGCUGUCUGUCUCUCAUCUGCCGCGUGAGACACUUUGAUGGUCGCCGUCUUGUUAAAUUAACCGGAUUAACGAGAUUGCCCGCAACACCGUUUUGCUUCUUUCUAACACGGACCUCCCAUGAUAUCUAUGAAUUAUUUAGACUGAAAUAGCCGAAAAUGACGGAGCUGAGAAGGCGAGGAGGAGGUGGAGACCCUGACAGCACAGAAAGCAUCAGUGACAAGGAGGCAGACGGAGAUGACAGGCUUGGCUUUCCCGGUGAGGGGGAAGGAGACAUGGAGGGCGACUCCAAAGCAGACACACCAGAUGUGCCACCUUCCGCAGAUAAUACUCCAGAGUGUCUCAACAAAGCCCUGGAGGGCUUGUCAUCUAGAUGGAAGAACUGGUGGAUAAGAGGUAUUUUGUCAUUGACGAUGAUCGUUGGCUUUUUCCUCAUCAUCUAUUUGGGACCUAUUAUGCUUAUUUUAUUGGUCAUGGGUAUUCAAAUCAAAUGUUUUCAUGAAAUUAUCACCAUUGGCUACAGAGUAUACCAUUCCUAUGAGCUGCCAUGGUUCAGAACUCUCAGCUGGUACUUCUUGAUUUGUGUGAACUACUUUUUUUAUGGAGAGACAGUGGCUGAUUAUUUCGGUGUGCUCGUCCAAAGGGAGGAACCUUUGCAGUUCCUUGUGCGUUAUCAUCGCUUCAUUUCUUUUGCACUGUAUUUGGCAGGUUUCUGCAUGUUUGUACUGAGUUUAGUGAAGAAACAUUACCGCCUGCAGUUUUAUAUGUUUGCUUGGACCCAUGUGACCUUGUUGAUUGUGGUGACUCAGUCACAUCUGGUCAUUCAGAACCUGUUUGAGGGAAUGAUCUGGUUUAUACUUCCAAUAUCUACCGUCAUCUGCAAUGAUAUAAUGGCCUACCUGUUUGGCUUCUUCUUUGGAAGAACACCACUGAUUAAGCUCUCCCCCAAAAAGACCUGGGAAGGAUUCAUCGGAGGAUUCUUUGCAACGGUGGCUUUCAGCUUUUUCUUUGCGUACUUGCUAUCCCCGUACCAGCACUUUGUUUGUCCAGUGGAAUACAACAGCGAGACAAACCGCUUUGCAGUAGAGUGUGAGCCCUCAAAUCUGUUUGUGAUGCAGGAAUACACGCUGCCUGCAGUGGUGCAGAAUGGAGUCAGAUGGAAAACGGUGAACCUUUACCCAUUUCAGAUCCACAGUAUUGCACUCUCUUCAUUCGCCUCUCUGAUUGGACCAUUUGGUGGAUUCUUUGCCAGUGGCUUCAAACGCGCUUUCAAAAUCAAAGACUUUGCGGACACCAUCCCUGGUCAUGGUGGGAUUAUGGAUCGCUUUGACUGUCAGUAUCUGAUGGCCACGUUUGUUCAUGUUUACAUAGCAAGUUUUAUCAGGGGGCCAAACCCCAGUAAGGUCUUACAGCAAUUGCUCCUCCUGCAUCCAGAGCAGCAACUAAGCAUCUUCAACAUGCUGCGCAAUCACUUGCAAGAAAAGGGCAUGCUGCCCCCUGCUGUGGAGGAGGCCCAAUGAUGGAAACCUCCA